GGAGUCUGCACGGACACACCAUGAAGGCUUUGUGUGUGGCUGUUGUGUUGAGCCUCGUCUCAGCAAGCCAAGCUGCACCCCUGACCUGUGAAAAGCUGCUAACUCCAGCAGAGAAAGGCCCAGAAUUGUCCGGACGAUGGCACUACAUAGCUUUGUCAACAGAGCUCUGCUUGCCUACAUCAAUACUGAAUACUUUCUUUUGGCCGAGUUUAGCCAUGGAAAUCACUGCUAAAGACACACCCAACAUCUACGAUGGCAUGUCUGUGGUCAAAAUGUACGGAUAUUGCUUCAAUGACUCUGAGGCCUAUAAGUAUGAGAACAACAAAAUAUUUGACGUCAACGACCAGAACGUCCCAACUGGAGAUGCUGAUGUGAUGCUGUACACCAGUUGCCCCGACUGCAUCGUUAUAAAGUCAAACGACAUCGUCGACUCUCUUAUUCUCCUCAGUCGGAGAAAGACCAUCUCUGAUGCUGAGAUGAAGGAGUUUGAGCAGCAGACAAAUUGCCGUCGCUGGUCCAAGCCUUUGGUUCUAAACUCAGACCAUGAACAUGACAAAUGCCAGUUCAUUGAUGAGAAUAUAUCCGAGGAGGAGGCUUCAGAUGUGCUGAAGAACGUUCUUGUUGGAUUGUUUGAGAGAGUGAAAACCACCCACCAAAGUUUUAUCAGCUGCCUUGUAGAGUCGUUUAUUAAGUCCUUUUCCACCACUUCUGAAAACUGAAGUUUUUCUUCAUGCCCUUGACUACGGAACAAGCUUUCAUCCCUUCGACACUGAAACAUCUCUUCUGAAUCAUGUUGUUAUUUCCUUUUAAAAGUGCAAAUGUAAAUGACAACAUUCAUGUAAAUCAGUCUAAAUGAGUUUCAUCAGUGAGAUCCUUCCUAUAAAAACAUAAAUGUUGAUGGCCUGCUUUUCUGGAGCAUACAGGCGUGUGUUAACACAAACCUAAGCAAGACAGGCAUGUGCCGCUGUAACAAACCAGUUUUGUAAGAGUUUAAAUUCAUUUAAAUGUUCACGCUCUUUUUAUUUAAAACAGCCCUUGCAUGUUGGUGGACCGGGGGGGGGGGGGGGGCAUGACCCCCCCCCAGUCGCACACACACUUUUUCCUAAGCCAAUUUUUGUCCGCUGCACUUUUUACCAUCCAAAACAAUAUUACACUAUAUUAAAUAGACACUGAACCAAGUGGAAAACAUCCGUUUGUGUUGAAACCUGUUUCCCAUUAGAAACUAAUGACCUGCAGGGAUGUCUGAACAAAACACACACAGUAGCCCUCCACUGUUUCUCCACAACAGCCUUUGCUGAUCUGAAUGCCCCAUUUGCUUUAUUUCUUUUCUUCAGUAUCAAACAUGGCUCCAAACAGAAACAAAAUGUUAUUGCAGCAGCACUACAGCAAACAGCCAAUGAAAACAAAGAAGGGCAUUUGUAAAUAAACAAGGAUGCUUUUGUUCCUGUUUAUUUUAUUGAACAGGGACCUUUUUCGUGAAGCUUGCUUUUGUGUGAAACGGGGUCUGACAUUUGUGUAUGAAUGUCAAAUUUCAGCCACGUUUUCAGACUUUGUGCACACACAGAAUCAGCCGUAAGCCAGGUUCCUCUUGAAAAGCAAACGAGGAUAACCUGAUUAAAAUGGGGACAUGAACAACUCGAUAAAACUUUGAGAUCUUAACUGCCAAAAAUGGGGCAAGAACAUUUUCAUAGUUAAUGUGAUCAUUUGAAGUUAUAAAAGAACAAGGGUGCAUUUUUUAAGUCGCAAAAGAAAACCCAGAUUAAUUUAAUUCCUCAAACCGUGAACAAGAGUGCACAAUAAAAAAACAUUAAACAUU